AAGGGCUCUUCCUACCAAUCAUUUCUUCUCCUGCAGGAAACACACAAAGUUUACAGGCAGAAACUGGAAGAAGUCACCAGCUUGCAGACAGCCUGCAGCAGCUCCAUACAGCGGCAGAAGAAGACACUAAAGGAUCUGAAGCACAAUCUGCAACGGUGCAAGCCCAGAGCGAGUCCUGAAGAGUUUGCUCUCAUUCAGGAGAUCAGCACCCAGAUCAAGGAGAGGCAGAAUGCCUUCUUUGACAUGGAAGCCUACUUGCCGAAGAAGAACGGCCUGUACUUAAAUCUGGUGCUGGGAAAUGUGAAUGUAACUCUCCUGAGUAACCAAGCAAAGUUCGCCUACAAGGACGAGUAUGAGAAGUUCAAACUUUAUCUGACAAUAAUCUUGUUACUCGGGGCUGUUGCCUGCAGGUUUAUUCUCCACUACAGGGUGACAGAUGAAGUGUUUAACUUUCUGUUAGUGUGGUAUUACUGCACGCUGACGAUACGGGAAAGCAUUCUCAUUAGCAAUGGAUCCAGGAUCAAAGGCUGGUGGGUGUCUCAUCACUACGUCUCCACGUUCCUCUCUGGAGUGAUGUUAACGUGGCCAGAUGGACUCAUAUAUCAAAUGUUUCGCAGUCAAUUUUUAGCAUUUUCAAUAUUUCAGAGUUGCGUUCAGUUCCUGCAGUAUUAUUAUCAAAGGGGCUGCCUUUAUAGACUCCGUGCUUUGGGGGAGAGGAACCACUUGGACCUUACAGUAGAAGGAUUUCAGUCCUGGAUGUGGCGGGGGCUGACGUUUCUCCUUCCCUUCUUGUUCUUUGGUCAUUUCUGGCAGCUAUAUAAUGCGAUCACGCUUUUUGAAUUGUCGAGGCAUAAGGAGUGCAAAGAAUGGCAGGUUUUUGUGUUGGCGCUCACGUUUCUGCUGCUCUUCCUCGGGAACUUCCUCACUACUCUGAAAGUGGUGCACACUAAACUCCAGAAAAACAAAGACAAAAUGAAGAAGCUGUGA